AUGUCUCCGCAAGACAACCCUGGUCGCCCAGAGGGUGACAAGCCCGAAGGCCUGUCUAAAUACCUUAAGCGCAUGAAGAUUGCGUUGCGGCCGCGCUCCAGUUCCAAACGCCAGUCAUUACUAGCGACCCCGGACGUGCCUGCUUCAUCUGUACCAACUGUAUCCGCCAAUCCAGUCCGUCAGCCCGUCAUCGCUGAGCCCACCCUACUCACCGACUACGGUGUCUUACAGCAAGAAAAGGCCCGCGCCCUCUUCACCAAAUACGGCCUUUCCCUCGACCCCGGAGAAUGGAAAUCACCAACCGACCUGCAGCUCACCCGAGUCACCAAGACCGUCCGCAUGCGAGUGCGCCGCACCUGCCACCGCUGCGAAACCACCUUCGGCCCCGACAAAGUCUGCGUCAACUGCCAACACCCCCGCUGCAAGAAAUGUCCUCGCACCCCCGCAGCCCUCGAGAAGGAUCCCAACGAGUACCCCUCCAUUUCCAAAGCCAACAUCCCCGACAUCCGCGCGCGCCUCUAUGGCGGAGCCCCGUAUACGCCGAAUCUGCGCUACACGGGCAACCCAGCCGCGCCGCUGACCAUGCCCUCGCGCUCGGGCGGCCAGGAUCUCGUCAAGAAGCCCGUCCAUCGGCGCGUUCGCAGGACAUGCCAUGCCUGCGAGACGACCUUCGUCUCGGGCUCGAAGGAAUGCGCUUCUUGCAGUCAUGUUCGCUGCAAGAGGUGCCCCCGUGACCCGCCUAAUAUGGACAAGUAUCCCGAUGGGUAUCCCGGGGAUGUGGAGCCGGCGACAGUGAAGCCCAACCGGACGUAUAGGAAGCCGCGGCGCCGGGUUCAUUAUAUUUGUCAUGUUUGUACGACUUCGUACAACGAAGGCGCGAAUAGUUGUGGCAAGUGUGGACAGGCAAAGUGCCAGGAGACUAUAAGAAUUCCGUAUGUUCUAAGCCCUUCUACGGUAUACCCCCGGGGAGAAAUAAUUUUCUGGCUAACACAACCUGGUUUACUAGACCGAAGAAAAUUAAACGAGAACCGGAACAUGACCCUGAAAUUCUACGGCGGGUAG